AUGGCCACCUCCUCCUCCCUCCUCAAACCAAAACCCUCAUCCUCUCUCUCAAACGUCACCCUCCUCAGAUUCCUCUGCGCUUCACCUCGCAUUCCAUCAGACAAUCCCAAUCCCGAGCCCGAGCUCUCUCUAACUCGCCUUCAGAAUCCAAACUCCUCGACUCUUCUCCUCCCUCAUCAAAACCCACCACUCCUUCCCACCUCCCUUCACUUCCCCUGCCCCAGCCUUCACCAUCCCCUCCCUCUCCUCCUCCCUCUCCGUUCUCUCCCUCCCUCUCCCCUCCACAUCCCCUCCCUCCUCCUCCGCCGCUUCUCCAUCCUCCGCCACGGCCUCCCCUUCCCCCAACUCCUCUCCUUUUUCAAUUGGUGGGUUGAAACCUCAAAAACCCCCGAAACCCAUUUCGCCCACGAAGCGUUUGUCGAAAUGCUCGACCUAGCCGCCAAACACCAACACUUCGAAAUUUCAUGGCAUAUUCUCAACACAAUGAAAUCUAUAUCCAUUCCCAUCCCUAGCUCCGCAUUUUCUGCCCUAAUUCGGCGAUAUGCACGUGCUGGGCUUCCGGAAGAAGCCAUUAAUGCAUUUCAUCGGAUGGGUGAUUAUGGGCUCGAGCCAUCGAGUUCUUCGUUCUCUCUAUUGAUCUCCUCGCUAGCAAAGAAGAGGUUUGGAAAGGAGGCACAAGAGGUUUUUGAUUCCUUGAAGGAGAGGUUUUCACCCGAUGUGGUUGUGUACUCUGCUUUGAUUCAUGCUUGGUGCCGAGCGGGGAAGAUUGAGGAGGCAGAGAGGGUUUUUGUUGAGAUGAAGAAGGGUGGGGUUUGUCCGAAUGUGUAUACUUAUACCACGGUUAUCGAUGCGUUGUGUCGAUGUGGGCAGAUUCCGAGAGCUCAGGAGGUUUUGUGUCAGAUGAUUGAUGCAGGUAUUAAGCCCAAUGCCGCAACGUUCAAUAAUUUGAUACGUGCUCAUGUUAAGUCAGGCAGAACGGAGCAAGUGCUUCAGGUGCAUAAUCAGAUGAAACAGUUGUUGAUCGAGCCAGAUGUGAUUACCCAUAAUUUUAUAAUUGAUGCACAUUGUGCGAAAGGGCAGAGGAACCUUGAUGCUGCAUUGAAGGUUUUGAAUGUGAUGAUUGCUAAGGGUUGUUCACCGAAUGCACACUCGUUCAAUCCUAUUUUUAGGUGCAUUCUUGACGUCGGAGAUGUUGGCGCUGCUCAUAGAUUGUACGAUAAGAUGAGGGAUAUCAAAUGCAAGCCAAAUACUGUGACAUAUAAUUUGUUGAUGGAGUUGUUUAGUAAGGAGAAGUCGACUGAUAUGAUGAUAAGAAUGAAGAAGGAGAUGGAUGAAGAUGGGAUUGAGCCUAAUGUGAACACGUAUGGGGUGCUUAUAAAGGCAUUUUGUGGGAGGGGGCACUGGAAAAAGGCAUACCAGUUGUUGAGGGAGAUGGUGGAGGAGAAAUGCUUGAAGCCCACGAUUCCGGUGUAUGAGAUGGUGUUGGCAUUGUUGAGGAGGGCAGGGCAGUUGAAGAAGCAUGGGGAGCUCGUCGAGAAGAUGACAGAGCGAGGAUUCAUGGCUCGGUCUUUUAGCCGAUGGAUUCUGAUUAUGAAGUAGACGCUCUACUUGUGAGGUGUAUAUUGUUGAAACUAUUGCCAAUAGGGGAAGUUGACUACUCUGUUGGUUGUUGCUAGAUUGGAUCAAGUAGAUGCUAUCAAUUACUACUCAAUAGCAUUAGUGGUGCAUCAAACGAAUAUCAAUCCUCUCCCGAUUAAGGUGCAUCUAUGUAUAACUUUGGAAACCUUGUGGCCCUGGGUUGAGAUUGAAUAACUUCAUAUUCAUUCAGAAAGAAGUCAUGGAGAUUCUUUUACGUAAAAAGGGGUAGUAGUGCAAAUUCAAGAUAUAGCUAAAUUGAUCUUGCUUGAUACGAGAAAGUUUCCUCAUCAGUCGCACCUAUUGUUUAAAUUACAUUACAUUUUAUCUGUAAGCGCAGCUUAUUUAGUUGUCCGAUUAAAGUAUUCCAUCGACUGUAUGUUCUUGUUCUAAUUAUCUCAUGGAACUGCAGUGUAAAAUCCUUGAGUGGUGGCUGUUAUGUACAGGAGAGCUAGAUAUCAACAAUACAUUGCUUGUUAGCACUAA